AGCAGCCGGUACCGCGGAAGCAGCCGGUGCCGCGGAUUCAGCCCGAUUCAGCCCGGGAUGGCCCGAGCUGUGCCGGCAGACCGGGAUGGCCGGGAAUGUGCAGGCGCUGCCCGGCCGGGAUUGGCUGCGGGGAAUGACGCCCAGCACAACAAAGGUGGAGUUGGAGAAAUUCCAUUAAAAAAAAUUAAGAGAGAGAGAGAGAGAGGGAGAGAGAGAGAGGGAGAGGAGAGAAAGGGAGCGGAGGGAGGGAGGGAGGAGGGGAGGAAGCUGCCCCUCGCCCGCCCCGCCGGGCAGAGCCCCCCCCGCCGCCGUGUCCCGGGGCCGCGGGGCGGGCAGGAGCGCGGCCCCGCCGUGCCGUGGGGGGGCCCGGCUCGGCCCCCCUCCCCCCCCCCCCCCACCGCUUCCCCUCUUUAUUUUUUUUCUUCCUCAUCUGUCUUUUUUUUCCCCCUAUUUUUUUUUAUUUUUUUCUUUAUGCAAACGCCGGCCGAGGAUUGUUGCACAUUGUUGCAAAAGCAAAGAGCAAUAAAAAACCCGGCGGAAAGCGGCGGCGGGGCGGCGGGGCUGGCGGGGAGAUCCCGGCGGAUCCCGGCGCGCUCAGCCCGGCUGAUUGGAAGAGCGAACGCAGCGCCAUGGAGGCGGGGGAAAGCGCGAUCGUCUCUGCGGGGACUGGAGCGCGUCCACGCCCGGGGCCAGCGCUGCAGAGCUGGCCGCCGUUCAACCGCCGCUCCCCCGCCCCGGCCCCGCCGAGCGAGCCCCGAGCCCCCGCCGCCCCCCAAAGCGGCGGCCCCGCCGAGCCGUGCGGGAGUGAUUUCGGGAAGAGGGUGAGGAGGGAGCCGGCGGGACCGUCCUGGGCACAGGCAGCAGGAGGAUGAACGGCGAAGCUGAGUGCCCUGCAGACCUGGAAAUGACAGCUCCCAAAAACCAAGACCGCUGGUCGCAGGAGGACAUGCUGACCCUCCUGGAGUGCAUGAAGAACAACCUGCCCUCCAACGACGGGAGCAAGUUCAAAACCACCGAGUCCCACCUAGACUGGGAGAAAGUGGCUUUCAAGGACUUCUCAGGGGAGAUGUGCAAGAUGAAGUGGAUGGAGAUCUCUAAUGAGGUGAGGAAAUUCCGGACCCUCACAGAGCUCAUUAUGGACGCUGAAGAGCACGUGAAGAAUCCUUACAAAGGCAAAAAGCUCAAGAAACACCCCGACUUCCCCAAGAAGCCCCUGACUCCCUAUUUCCGCUUCUUCAUGGAGAAGCGAGCCAAAUACGCCAAGCUGCACCCCGAAAUGAGCAACCUGGAUCUCACCAAGAUCCUGUCCAAGAAAUACAAGGAGCUUCCCGAGAAGAAAAAGAUGAAAUACAUCCAGGACUUCCAGCGAGAGAAGCAGGAGUUUGAGAGGAACUUGGCGAGGUUCAGGGAAGACCACCCGGAUCUCAUCCAGAACGCCAAGAAAUCCGACGUGCCCGAGAAACCCAAGACCCCCCAGCAGCUGUGGUACAACCACGAGAAGAAGAUCUACCUGAAAGUGCGUCCAGAUGUGAGUACGGCCACCACGAAGGAGGUGAAAGAGUCGCUGGGCAAGCAGUGGUCUCAACUCUCGGAUAAAAAGAGGCUGAAAUGGAUUCAUAAGGCCCUGGAACAGCGGAAGGAGUACGAGGAGAUCAUGAGGGAUUACAUCCAGAAGCACCCGGAGCUGAACAUCAGCGAGGAGGGGAUCACCCGCUCCACCCUCACCAAGGCCGAGCGGCAGCUCAAGGACAAGUUCGACGGGCGACCCACGAAGCCUCCCCCGAAUAGCUACUCCCUGUACUGUGCAGAGCUGAUGGCAAACAUGAAAGACGUGCCCAGCACGGAGCGGAUGGUGCUGUGUAGCCAGCAGUGGAAGCUGCUCUCCCAGAAGGAAAAGGAUGCCUACCACAAAAAGUGUGACCAGAAAAAGAAAGAUUACGAGAUCGAGCUGCUCCGCUUCCUGGAGAGCCUGCCCGAGGAGGAGCAGCAGCGGGUGCUGGGUGAGGAGAAGAUGCUGGGCAGCAACCGGAAAGGGGCGACGAGUCCUGCAUCCAAAAAAUCCUCACCUGAGACCGGCAAGGCCAGCUCAGAGAAGCCCAAGAGGCCCAUCUCAGCCAUGUUCAUCUUCUCGGAGGAGAAGCGGAAGCAGCUGCAGGAGGAGCGGCCGGAGCUGUCGGAGAGCGAGCUGACCCGGCUGCUGGCCCGCAUGUGGAACGACCUCUCUGAGAAGAAGAAGGCCAAGUACAAGGCACGGGAGGCGGCCAUGAAGGCACAGUCAGAGAAGAAGCACGGCUCAGAUAAAGAGGAGCGUGGGAAGCUGCCAGAGUCUCCCAAAACUGCCGAGGAGAUCUGGCAGCAGAGCGUCAUCGGGGACUACCUGGCUCGUUUCAAGAACGACCGGGGCAAAGCACUGAAGGCCAUGGAGGCCACUUGGAACAACAUGGAGAAGAAGGAGAAGCUGAUGUGGAUCAAGAAGGCGGCGGAGGAUCAGAAGCGAUACGAGAGGGAGCUGAGCGAGAUGCGAGCCCCUCCGUGCUCCACCAACUCCACCAAGAAAAUGAAAUUCCAGGGAGAGCCGAAGAAACCCCCCAUGAACGGUUACCAGAAGUUCUCCCAGGAGCUCCUGUCCAACGGGGAGCUGAACCACCUCCCGCUGAAGGAGCGCAUGGUGGAGAUCGGCAGCCGCUGGCAGCGCAUCUCCCAGGGCCAGAAGGACCACUACAAAAAACUGGCAGAGGAGCAGCAGAAACAGUACAAGGUGCACCUCGACAUCUGGCUCAAGAGCCUCUCGCCCCAGGAGCGAGCUGCCUACAAGGAACACAUUUCCAACAAACGCAAGAGCAUAGGGAAGAUGCGGGGUCCCAACCCCAAGAUGAAGCCCACCAUGCAGUCCAAGUCGGAGUCCGAGGACGAUGACGAGGAGGAAGAGGAGGAGGAAGACGACGAUGAAGACGAGGAUGACGAUGAUGACAACGGUGACUCGUCAGAGGAAGGCGGCGACUCCUCGGAGUCCAGCAGCGAGGAGGAGAGCGAGGACGGGGACGAGUGUGAAUGCCGAGUAAGUCACCAGAGUCAAAGCUUUACACCGGUGCAACUGAAAUCAGCCUAUGCUGGAUGGCGCUGGGGCCAGAAACCGUGUCCGUGCCUUGUGCUCGCCCCCGGACAGAACGACGAGGAUGAUGAGGACGAGGACGAUGAGGACGAGGAUGACAACGACUCGGAGGGCAGCAGCAGUUCCUCCUCCUCCUCGGGGGACUCCUCCGACUCCGACUCCAACUGAUCGGCCAAGCUCUUCGUAAAGUCGUUUGGUUUCUCGGUCUCGGUCCCAAAUCCCCCUGCAGCCCCUCGGAAUCCUUCCUCCUCUUCCUCCUGCCCCCCCGUGGGACCCCGGCGCGGGGAGCGGGGGCCGGGGGGACCCCUCACACUACGGAGGGGGAUCAGGGGCUGCUUCCCCCAGGCUGGGGGUCGAGGAGAGAGCCCCCCACCCCUGCCCCCCUGCUUUACUCCCGAGGGGAAGCGAUUUUUUUUUUGGAAUUUCAUUCUUUCCAGGGGGUGUCUCUCCAUCCCUACCCCCAUAACCCCCUCGCUAUCAGCUCUGGACUUUCUAGAAAGAGAAGAAAAACACACAGGAAAAACAAACAAA